AUGCCAUUUCUUCCUUCUUUCUUCAUUUCUUUUUUCUAUUCCUUCCUCUCCUUUUCUUUUCCCCCUUUCCUCCGUUCUCCUUUCAUUCCGUCCUUUCUUCUUUUAUUCCUUCUUCACUUCUUCUUUCCUUCGUUUUCCUUCCAUUACUUUCUUUUAUUCCUAUCUCUCCUCUUUGUCUUUGCUCUUCCUCCGUUCUCUUUCUAUUCUUUACUUCUUCUCCUCCCUCACUUCCUUCUCUUUCCACCCCUUCCUACUUUCUUCUAUUCUUUGCUUUCCUCUUCUUCCCCCUUCCUCCGUUCUCCUUCCAUUCAUUCCUUCCUCUCCACUUCUCCUCCUUUCCUCCAUUGUCCAUCUAUACCUUUCUUCUACCUUAUCCUUCCACCCUCUUUUCUCUCCUUUCUUCAAUCCACCUUUCUCCUCCUCCUCCUUCUUUUCCUCUUUCUUCCAAACCUUUCUCUCUUCUUCUCCUCCCUACCUUCGUUCUUCUUCCUUUCCUUCCUUUCUUUUCUCUUCUCCUCUCUCGCUUCUUUCUUUCCAUCUUUCCUCCAUUCCUUCCUCCUUCUCUCUCUAUCUUCCUCUCCUCUCUCCUUCCUUUUCUCGUCGUUUUCUUCUUUCUUUUCCUUCUUUUUGACUAGCUUAAUUCAGUUGAUUGGUAGUUUUCUUCAGACACAAAUGCAAAAAAAUACGGAAGACCAAACGAGAAGUAAACUCACUUCGGCAAUAACGAACUUUCCACUCUCUCUCUUUCUUUCUUCUUUCUUUCCGCCUGUCUGCAUUUUUUGCUCUUUCUUUCUUUCUUUCUUUCUUUCUUUCUUUCUUUCUUUCUUUCUUUCUUUCUUUCUUUCUUUCUUACCUACUACUUCGUCUUAA